AAAUACCAAGCAACUCUCCAUUUACAAAAAAAUCUCCAUAAAGCUAUACAAAAUAACCUAAUUAAUAAAAGGGAUGAUUUUCGAAGCGAAAUAGCGCGAGAAGCCCCGAGCCGGCCGCUCCGUGGCGGUAAUUCCCCGAUCGCUAUCCAUCCAUCCAUGCGUUUUGCCUAUCCAAGUCGAAGACGGAUGCGUCGUGAUUGCUCGACAGUCUCUCGCAGUCUCUCGCGGGCUGUCGUCGACGGCGCAUGUGGUUCCGCAUUCGUUCGCCACCGUCCCCGCAACCGCGAGUUCCGUCCACCGGUGAUAGACGGUGUCGAAAAACCAGCCACCGUUUUUACCACGCCUGAUUACGGGUCGAUAGCGUACUAGGACUCGUCGGGAGCGUUCUAUGAGUACUGAAGUAUAUCUCACGUAACUGAUCCACCCUCAAGAGGUCAACGCAGAGUGCCCCGAAGAGACCUCUUCGCUCCUACAGGACUCCGACAAGAGGGGAUCCCCCGAUACUCAAUGUUUUCCUUCGCUGCAAAACUCCAUAAGAGGCAAAUUAGAGAAAAGUCGAGGGAAAAAUGGAUUCCCACGAUGGUAGCACGAGGUCCUCCCGUCGUGAUCCGUGGCUAGAUCUACGUGGGAUGCCACGAGCCAUAAUCAUGCCAGGCUCGAAGCGGAAUGUCCGUCGGUUCGGGAGGACGGGCACCGUUUAAGCGUGCUACUGGAAAUUCGGUGCCGAUCGCGGAUAAGUCCACGAAAACUCGAUCGAAGCAGGAAUCAAGGCCAGCAGCCGGGACAGGGAGAAAAAGAGACGCGCUCGCGUCGCUUUUCAGCCCGAAAAGGCCAGCGCACAGAAAAGUCGAACGUUCCAUCGGCGGACACGAGGCAAAACUAAAGGAGCGGCUAAUAGGACAACCGAACCAACAGCAGCAACAAGGGACGCAGCAGCAACAGCAGCAGCAACAGAUCGGGCUGCGUCAGGCGCCGAGCGCCUCGUCGCUCGAGGCGAAGAACGAGGGCCCGCCCGUCGGGAACUGGGGCACCCUCGGUAAGGAAGGGGGCAAGGCGAAGGGAAACUACAAUACCAAGGGACCCGCGAAGGGUUCCAGGAUGCAGGAGCUCGAGCGUGAAAUCGAAGUGUUGCGCAAGGAACGUGCCCAGCUCGAGUCCGAGCUCAGAGAAACGGCCUGCGACGCUCAGAGUCUUCGCGAAUUGCGCGACGAGCUCGCCUCUCUCAAGGAGCAGCACAGCUUGGAGUUAGACCGGCUCACAGAGGAAAACGAAGCUCUGCGUGCGAGGCUCAGGGAUGUAGCGCACUCUCCGUUGUCGGAUUCAGAGAAACAGCAACUGCUUCUGGAUGCCUCGAGGCUGCACAACUCUGCUCCUGCGUCCAUAGCGAUCCCUCAGGAUGAAGGCUCCACGCCUGUCUCCACCAUGCCCCCUGAUAGUGCUCAGUGCACCACUCCGGACUGGGACAAACAUUCUUCCAGCUCGGUGUCGGAAGUCUCUGUCGCCUGUCUGCAGGACAGAAUAUUGCAAAUGGAGGAAACGCAUUACUCGACGAACGAGGAGUUGCAGGCAACGAUACAGGAACUGAGCGAUUUACAAGCUCAGCUUACGGAACUGCAGGCUGAUAACGAAAGGUUAACAGAGGAGAAGGAUGUGCUUCUGGAGUCGCUGUGCAGACAGACGGAGAAGCUCGAAGACUCCAGGUCCAAGGUGGAUACGCUGCAAGGUCUCCUCUUGAGGGAAGAACAGCCUCAGGAGUCUUCCAAAGGGUACAAUACGGAGAGGGAGCAGAAACUAGUAGACCUUUUAAAAAGUGCCCAAGAGGAGCGAGAAUCUCUUUUGCAAAAGCAAGAGGAGCUAUCAUCAGAAUUGAAGAGUCUGCGAGCAGCUGCUGAAGCCAGCGCAGCUGAGACCGAACGGUUAUCCAAAUGCGUGCAUUUGCUCGAGUCAACAGUGGACGCGACGAACAACGAACGAAAACAGUUGGACAUAGAGCUGGCAGAGGCCAGACAGGAGGGCGCGAACCGAAGUAUAGAGAUCAGCAGGCUAGCCACGUUGCUGGAUAACGCUCGAGCGAAGAUCGAGGAGCUGGAACAGUCGCGGCAAGUGGAAAACAAGAGCGAGGCGGAUGAACUCCUGGACGCGGCCAGGAGGGAGAAGGACACGUUGGAGACGCAGGCAGCAGCUCUGCAGGAGCAGUUGGCCAGGUCCCAUUGCGACCAUGAUCGGCUCAGGGAUCAGUACUCGCAGCUCCAAGAAGAAUAUAAAGUAGCGCGGAAUAACGCAAAGUCAGCUAUCGACGACCUGGAGUACCGCUUGAAUCAGCUGAAGGACGAGCGAUUAUCGGUGAGCACGGAGCUCCAGCUGGUGCGAGACUCGCUGGCGGAGCUGCAGGCGCAAUGCCAGAGGCAUUUGGAGGACAAAAGGGAGCUGAAGGCCGCGUUGAACGAGGCUCAGCGAAGGGAACGCGACGCCCAAACGCGCCAAUACGAAUUGGAACGCGCUCUAGCCGAGGAACGGAAGCUGAGGCAAGAGGAGGUCGCCGAAUGGGAGCAAUUCCAAACGGACUUGCUGAUGACCGUGAGAGUGGCGAAUGAUUUUAAGACGGAGGCUCAGAGCGAGCUGGAGCGCGUCGUCAUGGAGAACAAGGCCCAGCGCGACAAGCUCAGGGCGUUGGAAGCCCAGCUCGAUAAGCUCAACAAGGGCAGCGCACCAGUUCCCCAAUGUAAGACAUUCGGUAGUAUGAGUGGAAAUAGUCGCAAGUCUGCAAGCAAUAUAUUGAAACGCGGGCGUACUAUUGUAAAGAAGCGUUUUGACACCAAGAAGAGCCCACGUGUAUUCAAAACAAUGAGCGAACUGGAUCCACCUGAGACAGAGAGGAACGUAGAAGUCAUAGAAGAGUUAAAUUUAAGUUUUUCUCUGAGAGACACAGAGUCAGAGGAUGCUAGCAACGAGCUGUUGUCAAAGGAGCCCAUUAAGUUGGAUGACAAUCUGAUUUCUGGUGAGGAAAUCGAGUUCUGUCCCACUUUACGCUUACACAAGAAAAUUGAUGAUCCUGUUGACCUGUCGGAGUCAACCAAUGUUGCUUCGAAAGGUUCGUCUUCAGCAAAAAGACGUCUAUCUAUUGAAUCUGAUGAUAAAUCAUCCUUGAGCAAAGAAGGAUCUGAUAUAUUACAUUCAAAUAAAUUACUCGAGUUCGCAGAAACUGUCCAGGAGGUGUGCACCCCGAAAACUGACACUUCCGGUGAGAAUAUUCCUGCAAAGUUCUUGUUAAAGGAUAUUAAAGGUAUUCAGAAUAUUGGAGAGGAUUCCUAUGGCAUAAACAUCUCUAAUAGUCGAUUUUACGUUCCCAAGAAUUAUUUAUUCUCAGGUGUGGAGAAGUCCAUGGAUGAUUUAAAGUUCGAGGUGGAUCCUGGAAUGAGAAAAGUGCUGCAGGAAUGCACUCGAACAAGCACCCCACAGGAACCUCAGAACGAACCAAAAAGUGAUAAGGAGAACUUAUCAAAUACAAUUUUAAAAUUAGAGGACGAUGGGGAUUAUUUUCUUAACAAAAAACGCAGGAUUUUCUUGAAGAAGAACGAGUCCAGGUCUGGCAGCGAGGUAGUUGACUCCCUUGUAGACAGUAUCGCUCACAAACAAACCUCAGCAAAGAGUUUCUCCAGCUCUUUUGAUAACAUUGAUUUUAAUACACCAAAAAGCAUCGAAGCAUCCAUCGAUGACUGUGAUAAUGUCCCUCCGACUGGCAUACUAUACAGAAACAGCAGUGAUGCUGCAUAUUCAAGACCACAUAGUCUUCCAACAGAGUCCUAUCUAUACAAAAAGCCAGAAGAUAUCCACUCAAACUUAAACAAAACAAGCAGGAAGGAAAUAAAUGAAAAGAACAUAGUUACGCAGGAGAAAUAUAACACUUAUCCAAUCCUGUCUUCUCUGGAAAAUUUGCCCGAUUCUGACUCGUUAACUUCGUCCUUGGUUCAGAGAGCCUCCAAUAUAGUCUUCAAAUUCGACAACGAAGAGUCGAGGAAGCCGUUGACCCUCUGCGAAGCGAACCGACUGAAGCGCAUGAAAUUUUUAAACAUGAAUCUGUCUCAAUCCGAAGACGAUCAGAGUAGGCCACGGGAGAGCGUACUUUCCCCACUGAAUACAGACUCUAAGGUCGAUCAGAGCAACGGUGACACCGCGUCCAAGGAUAGACCGGUGAUAGGGAGGACGUCGUCUUUGAGAGAGAAAUUUGAAACGAUCGUAGAGGACGUGGAACUGAGACCAGGCCGACAAAUAGGUACAAUACGCGACCCUAAUCAGAAGGUGAUACAGCAACCGCCGCAGAGGCCAGCGAGUACUCCCACUGAUACUCAGCAGUGCGUACUGACCAGCGUGCAACAAGAGAUUGCAGCAAGGCGCAAGGCUAAUAUCUCGCGUCAGGACUCGAGGCUCUCCGUUAAAUGCUUGAUUGAGAGCAUAGAGAAUGCCACUAAGCAAGCUAAAGCGGGACCUGGAAGUCGCAGCAGUUCGACAUCCUCCCUGAACUCCAUAGGAACUAACGACAUAAUGACAAUGAAGGCACCUCUCAGGGACCAGCAGCAGAUCAAUAACUUAAUCUGCACGGCGAAUUCGACGAAUAACAAUAAAACUCAAGCCGCGAUAACGAGAAAGCCGUUGUCAGAGACAAAGUCAACACCUGUGAUGCUAAGCCCAGGUGAGCUUCUGGACUCUGCCGCUCUGAACGCCAAGGCGAUCGACUUUGUCCGUCGUAACAGCGUGACGGAUUUGUCGGAACGCAAAGAUCCUCUUUGCGGACUGAUUAAGAACGGAGGAUCGAAACGUAACGCUUUGCUCAAGUGGUGUCAGAACAAAACGUUGGGCUACAGGAAUAUCGACAUAACGAAUUUCAGUAGCUCGUGGAACGACGGUUUGGCACUGUGCGCCAUCCUUCAUUCCUACCUUCCUCAUAAGGUACCAUAUGAUACGUUAACGCCCGUGGAGAAACGAAGAAACUUCUCCAUAGCUUUCUCCGCUGCAGAGAGCGUUGGAAUACCUACCACGUUGAACAUAGGCGAAAUGUGUCAAUUGGAGCGACCCGACUGGCAACAAGUCAUGACGUACGUGACCAGUAUUUACAAACACUUCGAAACGUAAUUUUGGUUCCACGUGCUCCUCGCGUCAUCUCCAACUCAACGCCCCUUGAAACCGUUCGCGUGAGCGAACAAGAACAAGAUCAUCUAGUCAACCAAAAAUUUCGCAAGGACUUCAUUGUGGAUUCACCAAGGAUCGGCACUGACUGCGCCUGAAACGCUUCUUGCACAUGGUCGCAAGUGUUCUCCAAGUACCCAGAAUUUCGAUGGAAGACUAAACACCAAAUGGAAUUGCUUUUCGCUAUGAGACUGAAUGUUUAUAUACACGUGGAUAUAUUAUUAACCCUUUGACUGCGAAUGGCUUAUAUAUACACUCUCGAGAAAUCGGCUCAGAGAAAUGUUUAUAUUCGUUGAAUCAAUUUUUAAAACAUACCAGCUUGUAGGGGAUGAGGAGACGAAACUUUUUUAUAUUUACAGUUUUUCCAUAAGACGUUUAGUUUCGAAAAUAAAAAUUAAAAAGUUAGAAGUUCGUUGCAAAAGUUGAAUUUCAAGAAAAAGAUCUUCUAAGUUUGCAAUUUUUAUCUCUGAAACUAAACGUCCUAUGAACAAACUGUAAAUACAAAAAAGUUUCGUCCUAACAUCCCCUAUAAGGUGAUAUUUUUUUAAAAUUCGAUUGCUCAACUGUUGUUUCUUUUUUCUUUAAGACAACAGCAACAAUAUCAGACCACUACGAGAUCCCAGGAAAAAGGUCUCUAAGUUUUGAAUUUUUAUCUCUGAAACUAAACGUAGUACGAAGAAACUGUAAAUACAAAAAAGUUCCGUCUUAACAUUCCCUAUAAGCUGAUAUUUUUUUAAAAUUCGAUUGCUCAACUGUUGUUUCUUUUUUCUUUAAGACAACAGCAACAGGAUCAGACCACCACGAGAUCUCAGGAAAAAGGUCUUCUAAGUUUGCAAUUUUUAUCUCUGAAACUAAACGUCCUACGAACAAACUGUAAAUACAAAAAAGUUUCGUCCUAACAUUCCCUAUAAGCUGAUAUUUUUUUAAAAUUUACACCUCUACGCCUCUCGGAAGUUUCCAGGGAAAAUUGUCCCGCAGUCAAAGGGUUAAAGGAAGGAUGAAGAGGGGGAGGGAAGGGAUAGAAUUUAUGGAGUCCUUCGUGUGUGGAUAUGUAUGCUUCAGUGCCUCCUUGGCAUAGCCAACGUAUUAUUACCGUGCAAGAGAGAUUUUUUACAUCGUGGUCUUGUAUGUUUGUAAACGAAACAAGUAUCGAAUAUUUCCGUUCCUCGUACCGUGAGUAUUUUUCUACUUGUAUUAUUUUUCGAGAAAGAACUUUUGUAAAGUUUUACGAGAAUCGUGUACAGAACGAAGCGCCUUAAUUUAAAGAUACCUAAUUUAUUGUAUUAGUCACGUUUAGUACACUACGGGAGAUGAGCAGCAGAUAGAUUUAUAUUGGAGAACGUCGUUUCAGUUGUGCGUUUACGUGAUCGCGGAGAAACGUACGAGUAAGGAUUAAGUUCUCUGUGAUAUAGCGAGAUAGCCCCGAAACAGAGAUGAAAACGUUAUCGUUAUUGCUCUUAUUAUUGCUACGAUUUAUUAUUAGAAUUAUUACUACUACUAUUGAUAUCAUCCUCAUCGUCAUUGUUGUACCAUUGUAGACAAUACGCUGUCUGACAUAAAACAAUAAACUUGCCUAAUACUAUUUAAAA